GGGGCUCCCACGCAGCUGGCUGGGCCUCACCGUGGGGAGAUACACGAGCACCCAUGGGGUCCCUGAGGAAGAUGAGCAGCUCCUUCAAGCGUGGCUCACUGAAAAGCUCCACAUCUGGGUCCCAAAAGGGUCAGAAAGCUUGGAUAGAGAAAACCUUUUGUAAACGGGAAUGCAUCUUUGUAAUUCCCAGUACAAAAGACCCUAACAGGUGCUGUUGUGGCCAGCUCAUUAAUCAGCACAUUCCCCCCCUGCCAAGCAGAACUCCUGACAAAAAUGAGAACAACCAGGUGGACGCGCAGCCUGAAAAAUGGUCUGUCAGCAAACACACCCAGAGCUACCCCACAGAUUCCUAUGGAAUUCUUGAAUUCCAGGGUGGGGGCUACUUCAAUAAAGCCAUGUAUAUCCGCGUUUCUUAUGACACCAAGCCAGAUUCUCUGCUCCAUCUCAUGGUGAAAGACUGGCAGCUGGAACUCCCCAAGCUCUUAAUAUCUGUGCAUGGAGGCCUCCAGAACUUUGAGAUGCAGCCCAAGCUGAAGCAGGUGUUCGGGAAAGGCCUGAUCAAGGCUGCCAUGACCACGGGGGCCUGGAUCUUCACAGGGGGUGUGAGCACUGGUGUCAUCAGCCACGUGGGAGAUGCCUUGAAAGACCACUCCUCCAAGUCCAGAGGCCGGGUCUGUGCUAUAGGAAUCGCUCCAUGGGGCAUGGUGGAGAAUAAGGAAGACCUGGUUGGGAAGGAUGUAACAAGGGUGUACCAGACCAUGUCCAAUCCUCUCAGCAAACUCUCUGUGCUCAACAAUUCCCACACUCACUUCAUCCUGGCUGACAACGGCACCCUGGGCAAGUACGGUGCCGAGGUGAAGCUGCGAAGACAGCUGGAAAAGCAUAUCUCUCUUCAGAAGAUCAACACAAGGCUGGGACAAGGUGUGCCCGUUGUGGGCCUCAUGGUGGAAGGGGGCCCUAACGUGGUUUCCAUCGUUUUGGAAUACCUCCGAGAAGACCCUCCUGUCCCUGUGGUGGUUUGUGAUGGCAGUGGACGAGCCUCAGACAUUUUGUCCUUCGCACACAAAUACUGUGAAGAAGGAGGGACCAUAAAUGAGUCCCUCAGGGACCAACUUCUAGUAACCAUUCAGAAAACAUUCAAUUAUAGCAAGACACAAUCAUAUCAGCUGUUUGCAAUUAUAAUGGAGUGCAUGAAGAAGAAAGAACUUGUCACUGUGUUUAGGAUGGGUUCUGAGGGGCAGCAAGAUGUCGAGAUGGCAAUUUUAACUGCUCUGCUGAAAGGAACCAACGCAUCAGCUCCGGAUCAGCUGAGUUUGGCACUGGCUUGGAAUAGAGUUGACAUAGCAAGAAGCCAGAUCUUUGUCUUUGGGCCACACUGGCCGCCCCUGGGAAGGCUGGCCCCUCCAGUGGACAGCAAAGCCACAGAGAAGAAGAAGCCACCAACAGCCACCACCAAGGGGAGAGGAAAAGCCAAGAAGAAAGGGAAAGUGAAAGAGGAAGUAGAGGAAGAGACUGACCCCCGUAAGAUCGAGCUGCUGAACUGGGUGAAUGCCCUGGAACAAGCCAUGUUGGAUGCUCUUGUCUUAGAUCGAAUUGAUUUUGUGAAACUUUUGAUUGAAAAUGGAGUGAACAUGCAACAUUUCCUUACCAUCCAGAGGCUGGAGGAGCUUUAUAAUACAAGACUGGGCCCACCAAACACACUUCACCUGCUGGUGAGGGAUGUGAAAAAGAGCAACCUUCCACCUGAUUACCACAUCAGCCUCAUAGACAUAGGACUCGUGCUGGAGUACCUCAUGGGAGGUGCCUACCGCUGCAACUACACUCGGAAAAGUUUCCGGACUCUCUACAACAACUUGUUUGGCCCUAAGAGGCCCAAAGCUCUCAAACUUCUGGGAAUGGAAGAUGAUGAGCCUCCAGGCAAAGGAAAGAAGAAAAAGAAAAAGGAGGAAGAGAUUGACAUCAGUGUGGACGACCCUGCUGUGAGUCGAUUCCAGUACCCAUUCCAUGAGCUUAUGGUGUGGGCGGUGCUGAUGAAGCGCCAGAAGAUGGCCGUCUACCUGUGGCAGUGUGGGGAGGAAUGCAUGGCGAAGGCCCUGGUAGCCUGUAAGCUCUACAAGGCCAUGGCCCAGGAGUCCUCUGAGAGCGAGCUGGUGGAUGACAUCUCCCAGGAUUUGGACAACAAUUCCAAGGAUUUUGGCCAGCUUGCUGUGGAGCUGUUAGACCAGUCCUAUAAACACGAUGAGCAGCUCGCCAUGAAACUUCUGACCUAUGAACUCAAAAACUGGAGCAAUUCCACCUGCCUCAAGCUGGCUGUGGCAGCCAAGCACCGGGACUUUAUUGCACACACCUGCAGCCAGAUGCUGCUAACCGACAUGUGGAUGGGAAGGCUUCGAAUGAGGAAAAACCCAGGCCUGAAGGUUAUCAUGGGGAUUUUGCUCCCCCCAACCAUCUUGUUUUUGGAAUUCCGUACAUAUGAUGACUUCUCAUACCAAACAUCCAAGGAAAAUGAAGAAAGCAAAGAAGAGGAGAACAUGGAUGCAAAUGCAGAUGCUGACUCAAGGAAGGGGGACGAGGAGAAUGAGCACAAAAAGCAGAGGAGCAUUCCCAUUGGAACGAAGAUCUGCGAGUUCUAUAAUGCACCCAUUGUCAAGUUCUGGUUUUACACAAUCUCAUACUUGGGCUACCUGCUGCUGUUUAACUAUGUUAUCCUGGUGCGGAUGGAUGGAUGGCCUUCCCCACAGGAGUGGAUUGUCAUCUCCUACAUCAUGAGCCUGGCAUUAGAGAAAAUACGAGAGAUCCUCAUGUCAGAACCAGGCAAACUCAGCCAGAAAAUUAAAGUCUGGCUUCAGGAGUACUGGAACAUCACAGACCUCGUGGCCAUUUCCAUGUUCAUGGUGGGAGCAAUCCUCCGCCUCCAGAACCAGCCAUACAUGGGCUAUGGCAGGGUCAUCUACUGUGUGGACAUCAUCCUCUGGUACAUUCGUGUGUUAGACAUCUUCGGUGUCAACAAAUAUCUUGGCCCCUAUGUGAUGAUGAUUGGAAAGAUGAUGAUUGACAUGCUGUACUUCGUGGUCAUCAUGCUGGUGGUGCUGAUGAGUUUUGGAGUAGCUCGCCAAGCCAUCUUGCACCCAGAGGAGAAACCUUCUUGGAAACUGGCUCGAAACAUCUUCUACAUGCCUUACUGGAUGAUCUAUGGAGAGGUGUUUGCAGACCCGAUAGACCGUAAGACUAGAAUUCAUAUCUACGCCAUGGAAAUUAACCCUCCUUGUGGCGAAAAUCUCUAUGAUGAAGAUGGCAAGAGGCUCCCUCCCUGCAUUCCUGGUGCCUGGCUCACACCUGCCCUCAUGGCCUGCUACCUCCUGGUGGCCAAUAUCCUGCUGGUUAACCUACUGAUUGCUGUUUUCAACAAUACCUUCUUUGAAGUAAAGUCUAUAUCCAACCAAGUGUGGAAGUUCCAGCGAUAUCAGCUGAUUAUGACAUUUCAUGACAGACCUGUCCUGCCUCCACCGAUGAUCAUUUUAAGCCAUAUCUAUAUAAUCAUCAUGUGUCUCAGUGGUCGCUGCAGAAAAAAAAGAGAAAGGGACCAGGAGGAACGAGAUCGUGGGUUGAAGCUGUUCCUCAGCGACGAGGAGCUGAAGAAAUUGCAUGAGUUCGAAGAGCAGUGUGUGCAGGAGCACUUCCGGGAGAAGGAGGAUGAGCAGCAGGCAUCUAGCGAGGAGCGCAUCCGGGUCACCUGUGAGCGGGUUGAAAAUAUGUCGAUGAGGUUGGAGGAAAUCAACGAAAGAGAAAAUUUCAUGAAAACUUCUCUACAGACUGUUGAUCUUCGACUCUCCCAGCUCGAAGAGCUCUCUGGCAGGAUGGUGAACGCUCUGGAAAAUCUGGCGGGCAUAGACAGCUCGGACCUGAUUCAGGCGCGCUCGCGCGCAUCCUCAGAAGGCGAGGCAACUUACCUGCUGCGGCAGGGCAGCAUCAACAGCGCAGACGGCUACAGCUUGUACCGUUACCAUUUCAACGGGGAGGAAGUGCUGUUUGAGGAGCCUUCUCUCUUGUCUCCAGGGACAGCAUUUUGCAAGAAAACCUGCUCCUUCCGUGUUAAGGACGAGGAUGCGAAAAGCCGCCUUGCCCCGGAGCAGCAGAGCAGCCUGCACUUUCCCGCGGGCCCCAGCCCGCCCACAACCCCAGGCCGCAGCCGGCUGGCAGUGGAGGGCUCCAGCACCCAGCCCAAAUUAGGUCCAGACAUCGGGAUUUCAGCCGGAGAUGAUGAAAGGCAGGCUGACUGUGAAAGACCAGACACUAUUGCCCCAAGUCUCAAUUCAGCAGCUGUUAUGCCCCGACAGAACAAAGCAGACUUUGCAAGCACUCAGCUGAUGGUGGAAACGACCAUGGAAGGCACCCUUUCCUAUCCUCUGGAAGAAAGCAAACUGGCAGGCCGGUACCCCGAAGAAGCGGCCAGCACCUGCAAACAGGCUAAGCCCAGUAGCUUUGUCUACUCCGAGGGAAGAAAGCUGGUCCCAGGCCUCAAGAACUGGAGUGUCGGGUACAGUUCCAUCAUGGACCAAGCGUGGAAUUUCCACUCCACAGAAUGGAAGUGCCAAGUUCAACGGAUCACGCGCUCGCGCAGCACAGACAUCCCCUGCAUGGUGUCCGAAGCUGCAGUACAAGCUGAGCGCAGAGAGCAGUUGGCAGACGAGGGCCAGAGCUUUGCUUCCCACACAGCUUCUCCGAUCUCCCGUUUAUCCCUCGCUGUCACUGACAGGACUGAGAAGGAAAACUUACUGUCCGUGAAACCACACCAAACGCUGGGGUUCCCAUGUCUAAGGUCAAGAAGUUUACAUAGCCAUCCUUGGAAUGUCAAAGCCACCCCUGGCAGGUUAGACAGGUCUGGACCUGCUGGCAGUGUAAGUAGCUUAGUAGUUGUGUCUGCAGUCACACCUGAGGAACCAAAGGCCAAGCAGGAGAAAACUUCCACAGAAACUGAAUGCUAG